AGCAGACUUACCUUACUCUCACUGGCAGCACGUCCAAUUCCACUUCCGGCUUUGUUACUUGCAUUCCGUUCCCGCUCCUCGUAAGCCCUCGCAAACGCUCUCUGCCCGGGCCGUUUCUUGCCCCGGUCGUAGGCACUUCUCCGAGCGCCUGCACAGCCUCACGCCCCAAACUCCAACCUCUAAUACUACACGCGCGCUGCUUAGAAGGGUCUCAUAUCUCUCGGGCUCCCGUUCGGAGCUUCCUGCACAUCACAAGAGGUGGUAGAGUUACUGGAGUGCUCGUGUAGGAGACCGAGUCAGCCAUCAUCAUGGAUGUACCCUCUCAGGCAAACCUGAGGGUAACCAUCAUUGCUGCUGAUGGACUGUACAAGAGAGAUCUGUUGAGGUUCCCGGAUCCCUUUGCGGUCGCCACCAUCGGCGGGGAGCAAACUCGAACCACGACCGUCAUCAAGAAAACCUUGAAUCCCUACUGGAAUGAAAGCUUUGAUAUGAAAGUAAAUGAAGACAGUGUCCUCGCCGUUCAGAUAUUCGACCAGAAGAAGUUUAAAAAGAAGGACCAGGGGUUCUUGGGGGUAAUAAAUGUUCGGAUCGGAAGCGUGAUUGAUCUUGACGCUGGUGGUGAUGAAAUGCUUACACGGGACCUCAAGAAAUCAAAUGAUGCUAUGAUUGUACACGGAAAGUUGAUCCUUAACCUUUCCACAAACCUGUCACAACCCAUAAGCGGUGGUGUCAACGCUGGCCAAAACCGACCACCACCGUCUGCGCACUCGUCCAUGAGUGGAAUGCCGGGCCAACCCGGUCCUUCGAAUGCCGUGCUAUCUCCAAACGCUUCUCAGUCUCUGCGCUCUGAUAUGUAUCCAGGCGGUAGCAGACCUGGCGCAAGUACUUCUGGCCCACCACCGAACAUCAACCAACCCUCUGCAGCUCCUGCACAACCUCCUCCGAACAUGGCGAAUGGAGCUAACCAAGCGAUACGGAAUACCGGGUAUAGUGCAUUUGAAGAUGCGCAGGGUCGCCUUCCUCCUGGUUGGGAAAGAAGAGAAGACAAUCUCGGCCGUACAUACUAUGUGGACCACAACACUAGACAGACAACAUGGCUACGACCACAAGCUGGAGCAAACGAGACAGAUCAGCGUAACGCUAUGGCAGCCCAGACCCAAAUGGAGCGUACUCGUCACCAGAACCGCAUGCUUCCUGAGGACCGUACGGGAGCGAGCUCGCCUACCCUGCAAGACAGGCAGCCCGGCGGUGGCUCACCAUCGGGUCCUACUUCGAAUCAAGUCUCUAUGAUGGCAACUGGUGCAACGACAGCUGGAUCGGGAGAACUCCCAUCUGGCUGGGAACAGCGGCAUACUCCAGAAGGGCGGGCUUAUUUCGUAGACCAUAAUACCCGUACGACGACCUGGGUGGAUCCAAGACGCCAGCAAUACAUCCGUAUGUAUGGCAACAACGCGGCAGGUAAUACAAUUCAACAGCAGCCUGUGUCACAACUGGGGCCACUUCCAAGUGGAUGGGAAAUGAGGCUCACGCAUACUGCACGCGUGUACUUUGUCGAUCACAACACGAAGACCACCACUUGGGACGAUCCUCGUCUUCCUUCUUCGCUGGACCAGAACGUACCACAGUACAAGCGUGACUUCAGGAGGAAACUCAUCUACUUCCGUUCUCAACCAGCGCUUCGUAUUGUCUCCGGGCAAUGCCAUGUGAAGGUCAGACGUUCGCACAUUUUCGAAGAUUCGUAUCAUGAAAUCAUGCGGCAGAGCGCCGGUGAUCUGAAGAAACGACUCAUGAUCAAGUUUGACGGUGAGGAUGGUCUUGAUUAUGGUGGUUUAUCUCGCGAGUUUUUCUUCUUGCUCUCUCACGAAAUGUUUAACCCUUUCUAUUGCUUGUUCGAAUAUUCCGCUCACGACAAUUACACUCUUCAAAUCAACCCUCAUUCUGGUAUCAACCCAGAGCAUCUCAACUACUUUAAAUUUAUUGGCCGCGUAGUCGGCUUGGCCAUCUUCCACAGGAGGUUCUUGGACGCUUUCUUCAUUGGAGCGUUCUACAAGAUGAUUUUGAGGAAAAAGGUGAACCUUCACGAUAUGGAGGGUGUUGACGCUGAGUUUCACAAGAAUCUCAUGUGGACAUUGGACAACGAUAUUGAGGGUAUAGUAGAACUCACCUUCUCUACUGACGAUGAGCGUUUUGGCGAGACAACCACGAUAGACCUCAAACCUGGUGGCCGAGAUAUUGAAGUCACCAACGAGAACAAGAGAGAAUACAUCGAUCUUAUUACAGAAUGGCGUAUCCAGCAGCGAGUAGAAGAACAGUUCCAAGCCUUUGUGACUGGAUUUAACGAGCUCAUCCCGCCCGAUCUAGUCAACGUGUUCGACGAGCGUGAGCUCGAACUUCUCAUCGGCGGUAUCGCUGAUAUCGAUGUUGAAGACUGGAAGAAGCACACUGACUACCGCGGGUACACCGAAAACGAUGAAGUUAUUAAGAACUUCUGGCAAUGUAUUCGUUCGUGGGACUCUGAACAAAAGUCGCGCCUGUUACAAUUCGCCACUGGUACAAGUCGUAUCCCAGUCAACGGUUUCAAGGACUUACAAGGGAGUGACGGACCAAGGAGAUUUACGAUCGAAAAGGCUGGAGAAGCUAACCAGCUACCGAAGUCACAUACUUGUUUCAAUCGCCUGGAUCUACCGGCCUACAAGACAUUUGAAGCACUGAACCAAAAAUUGACAAUUGCGGUAGAGGAGACUGUUGGCUUUGGACAGGAGUGAACACCGGUAUUAGGAUUACGCUACGCAGCGGUUUGAAGUUCUAUUCUGUCAUUACCUUUAUAUUGUACGCCAUACAAAUCACGCACACAGACAUCACGCAGUACAUCCUUUUAGAAUGGGCGAUGGAUGGUGAAUUGGGGGGGGGCCGGUUUGGCAGUACGGAUCAUCAUCUCAAAUAACUAUUAGGUGUCGAUGGUCGACACGUUUGUCUGGAGUCAU